AUGGGCGGAUCCAACCACAAUCAGAAUCUCAACGGCAAGGCAUCGGGAGCUUCCUCCGUGUUUUGCAAGCGAAAGCCAGCGUUCAAGAUCCGAGUGGACGGUCUCAAGAAGCGUGGGAUUCCCUCCAACAGCAGCAGUACUUCCGCCAAGCCCAAGAAGAGUGUCCGUAUCGCCGAGAACCGAAACACGGUCCUCUUUCGUCAUGUGCUCGAGAGUGAGCUCAAGCAGACAUGGUACGAGACCAAGGACUAUUGCGACUUCAAACGAGACAGCAAGGGGACAUUGAAUGCCUUGCACAUGGCUCAGGGACAGCUCUGCUUGCUGAAUCCCCAACAACACUGUAUUCGAGGAUUGGAAGCCCAUGUAUCGGCUCAAC